AGAUGCUGGAUUCGGGAGAAGGUCCGCCAUUAUUGGGAAGCAGAAAAAAAUAGACUUAAACACACCGUCACACAUUUAGCUUGUACGGGGUUUAUAUUUAAAAGGAGAACAAAGCGGUUUUGGACGCGCUGUUGGGCACUAAACAGCGACGUUUUGGUUAAUGAAGGUGGAGCUUGUUAACCGCGUUUCAUACGGACUCUUUUAUUUUUGACACAACAAAGGAAAUAAUAUUGGUCAAAACAACGUGGUGGCUGAACCAAGAAGGAAAAACACACCGAAACAGCGCUUUCCGACGCCUCCCCCUUUUCUCCUCUCGCCCAGCCGUGGUGAGAAGACUGGAGUUUGAACAGCAUUUUUUCUUUUUCCUGACGAGAAUUUAGUUGUUUUUCCCCUCUCUCUCCAGACACAGAGAAAAAGAUAUGAGCCUCGUUUGUGAAAACUUCAGACUGCUGGAAACGAGCACGUAAUGUUGGGAGCAGUGGUCAGAGAGCCAGUUCGCUAAAACAAAAACGGAAAAUAAUCGAUGUGAGUGCUGGUGGGAAGUGUUUUCGUCUGUUUUUUAAAAGUCUUUCAUCGGCUGAGAGUCACAGAGAGAGAAAGAAAGGAGUGGAGGGAAGCUGGAGAGAGGGAGGAAUGCUAUGGUCUAGACCCUGGAUCCGUGAGCUUCUCUUGCAUGGAAACUCUUCUUCCUUGGCAGCCCUCUCUUCUCCCUGAAGCCAGCAUUCAGCAUGGCAGGAUGAUCCUCUGCCAGUGAUGAUGAUGGCCAAAAAGCCAGAUGUCCGGGCACCCACCUACAACCUGGUUGUGGUUGGGCUGUCCGGCACGGAGAAGGAGAAAGGCCAAUGUGGUGUGGGCAAGUCCUGUCUAUGUAACCGCUUCGUCCGGCCGAGUGCAGAUGACUUUUACUUAGACCACACUUCUGUUCUCAGCACCAGUGACUUUGGAGGCCGUGUGGUUAACAAUGAUCAUUUCCUUUUCUGGGGAGAGGCCGGCCGGGUGAUGGAGGAGGGCCCAGAGAGCCGUAUGAAUGUGGUGGAGCAGACGGAGUUCAUUGAUGAUCAGACGUUCCAGCCUCACCGAAGCACGGCACUCCAACCUUACAUCAAGAGGGCAGCUUCCACCAAGUUGGCUUCGGCUGAAAAGCUGAUGUACUUUUGUACAGAUCAGCUGGGGCUUGAGCAGGACUUCGAGCAGAAACAGAUGCCCGAAGGCAAGCUUAUGGUGGAUGGCUUCUUACUCUGUGUGGAUGUUAGCAGGGGUAUGAACCGUAGUUUUGAGGACCAGAUGAAGUUUGUUACCAACUUGUACAACCAGCUAGCCAAAACGAAAAAACCCGUGGUGCUGGUUCUCACCAAAUGUGAUGAAGGAGUUGAGCGAUAUAUUAAAGACUCUCACGCCUUUGCCCUAGCCAAGAAGAACCUGCAGGUAGUAGAAACAUCAGCAAGGUCUAAUGUCAAUGUUGACUUAGCUUUUCUUACACUGGUUCAGCUCAUAGACAAGGGUAGGGGGAAACCCAAAAUAAUCCCCUACUUUGAGGCACUGAAACAGCAGAGUCAACAGAUUGCCUCAGCCAAAGACCGCUAUGAGUGGCUGGUCAACAGAAUUGUUAAGAACCACAAUGAGACAUGGCCCAAUGUGAGUCGCCGCAUGCAGACUGCCCAAGAGUACAAGGAGUAUGUUUUCCUUGAGGGGACAGCUAAAGCCAAGAAGCUCUUCCAGCAGCAUGUGCAUAGACUGAAACAAGAUCAUAUAGAGAAACGAAGGAGAGCUUACCUGAGCACACUACCACAAGCUCUGUCUGUGCUCUUACCAGAGUUGGAUGAGAUAGACCACCUGAGCUGGUCCGGAGUUCAGAAAGUCCUGGAAACAAAGAGGGAUUUCUCUCAGUGGUUUGUUGUGCUCGAUGACACCCCUUGGGAGACUACACCACACAUUGAUAACAUGGAGGAUGAUCGAAUCCCCCAGGACCUUCUGGAGACUCCUGCAGCUGAGGCUAUCUAUGAAACCCACCUGGAGCAGCUGAGAAAUGAGCGCAAACGGGCUGAGAUGAGAUGGGAGUUCAAGGAGAAGCUUAGCAUCUCUCCUUUCAUCACACCAGGAAAACCUUGGGAAGAGGCCAGGAGCUUCAUCAUGAAUGAAGACUUCUACCAGUGGCUAGAUGAAGCUGAAUAUCUGGACAUCUACAACAAACACCAGAAGGAAAUCAUUGACCGAGCCAAAGAGGACUUUCAGGAACUACUUCUUGAAUACUCUGAGCUCUUUUAUGAGCUAGAAGUGGAUGCAAAGCCAAGUAAAGAAAAAAUGGGUGCCAUUCAGGAGGUUUUGGGUGAGGAGCAAAGGUUUAAAGCCCUGCAGAAGCUACAGGCAGAAAGGGAUGCUCUUGUACUGAAACAUAUCCACUUUGUUUACCACCCAACAAAGGACACUUGUCCCAACACCCCCCACUGUGUAGACAGUAAGUUAGAGCAGAUUCUAGCAUCCAGAUUUCCAACCCGCUACGCAUCAUCUGACAGUUCAAGGCUUGAAGGGGGGAGAGCAGAAAGAAUAAAUCUUGUCAUUCUAGGAAAAGAUGGACUAGCUAGAGAAAUGGCAAAUGAGAUAAGGGCCUUGUGCACUAGUGAUGAUAGGUACGUGCUUGAUGGCAAGAUCUAUGAGUUAGCCCUUCGUCCCAUUGAGGGUAAUGUACGUCUGCCAGUCAAUUCAUUCCACACACCAACCUUUACACCACACGGUUGCCUGUGUUUGUACAACUCAAAAGAGUCCCUCUCUUAUGUUGUUGAGAGUUUAGAGAGGAUUAGGGAGUCAACUAUAAGCAGAAGGGAAAGGGAAAACAGCUUAGCCCAACUCCCGCUAUCCCUCCUUCUGGUCACAAAGCGAGGGGUAGGCUCCAUAGGAGACAUUGGGGGGGAAACAGCUCAGACCCUUAUCCAUCAAGGGCAACAGGUGGCUGGAAAGCUGCAGUGUGCUUACCUAGACCCUGCCUCUCCAGGCGUGGGCUAUGGGCGCAAUGUCAGCGAGAGGCAGAUCAACCAGAUGUUGAAGGGGCUGUUAGAAUCACGGAGAAGUAUAGGAAGCAGCUCCCCUCCCCUACCUCCUCCAUCAUCAGCCUUUAGAGACUCCCAGUCCCAACCAGCGCUAGAGGCAGACCUAAGGAUAGUCAUGUGCCUGAUGUGUGGAGACACAUAUGACCUAGACCAGCUCCUUGCCCCCUUCUUGUUGCCCCAGCACUGUCGCCCUGCCUCCAGCCUCAGUAGCGGCACCUCUGUAUUACUGGACCUGAGUGUAGGAAGUCAGAGGCAGAACAUUGAGCUGUCACUGCUGUCCUUUCAUUCUUCAUUCUCCCUCCGUAAGACUAGGCUAGUUCACGGCUACAUUGCAGUUUACUCUGCUCGCCGUAAGGCCUCAAUGGAGACAUUAUGUGCUUUCCUGUGUGAGGUCCAAGACAUCAUCCCGGUCCAGUUGCUAGCAGUAGGCGAGAGCCAGAUGGAGCUGUCAGACUCAGAGUCAGCUAAGGAGCAGGUCAGCCAGGGAGAGGAACUGGCCCAUGAAAUAGAGGCGAGGUUUAACACAGUGAUAUGUGGACAUGGUGGAGUCGUAGGGGGGCUUCAUAAGAUAGAUCUUUUCCAACCUUUCCUCAAAGAGGUGGUAGAAAAGCGCACCAUCGUAGAGGCCACACACAUGUAUGAUAAUGUUGCUGAGGCUUGUACCAAUGAGAGCAUUAGCCCUCGCUGUGGCUCUCCCAGUCCAGUCAACAUUCUUAUGGACUCUGAGGACGAUAUUGAUCCCUCACCCCCCUACUCUAACCUGCGGGAGGAUGGCAGUCUGAGUUCCCACCUUGGAAGCUUCAAGCUGCCAGAUCUUGAUUCAAGUGACACCUUCUCUGUUAUUUCUGAGCUCAACACCUUUGAGAGCAAGCUUAACAACAAGGUCCCUCCACAAGUGAAGCCCAAGCCUGUCCGUAAGGUCAACCUCGGCCCCUACAUGGACCAGCAGGGUGGCACCAACCGCCGCUCUCAAGCUGUCACCUGGGCUCCAGGUAGUGACGGCGGAUAUGACCCCUCGGACUACGCUGAGCCUAUGGAUGCAGUGAGCAAACCUCGGCCCACAGAAGAGGAAAAUAUUUACUCUGUACCUCAUGACAGCACCCAGGGAAAGAUAAUCACUAUUCGCAAUGCCAACAAAGGUCAUUCCAAUGGAAGUGCAGGGGGAAACGGAUCAGACAGUGAGGCUGACAGCAGCUCACUAGAGCGUAGGAGAAAGCUGUCCGCUAUAGGAGUUAAGCCUAAACUCUACAGAGACAGGUCCAAACGGCUUGGAAAGUUCAGCAGUUUUAGGACAAGCUUCUCUAUAGGCAGUGAUGACGAGAUGGGCGGUCCUCCCAAGGCUAGCCAGGAUGAUGGAGGAGCCCAGAAGGACAAUUCAAUUGAAGAGAGUGAGGACCCCAAAAGGAGAAAUAUUUUGAAGAGCCUACGAAGAAACACAAAGAAACCCCGACCCAAACCCAGGCAUUCAAUCUCUAAACCCAUCGAAAGCAACUACUUUGGCAUGCCACUGACCACCGUGGUCAGUCUGGAGAGGCCCAUCCCGGUCUUCAUUGAGAAGUGCGUCCGUUUCAUCGAAACAACAGGACUGAGUACGGAGGGCAUCUACAGGGUGAGCGGCAACAAGGCAGAGAUGGAGAGCAUGCAGCGGCAAUUUGACCAAGAUCACAACCUGGACCUGGUGGAGAAAGACUUCACCAUAAACACAGUAGCAGGAGCCCUGAAGGCCUUCUUCUCUGAGCUGCCGGAUCCUCUGGUGCCCUACAGCAUGCAGGGAGAGCUGGUGGAGGCCUUCAAGAUCAACGAUAGGGAGCAGCGCUUCCAGACGAUGAAGGACAUUCUGCGCCGCUUCCCCAAGGAGAAUUACGAGGUCUUCAAAUAUGUCAUCAGCCACUUGAACAAAGUGAGCCAGAACUACAAGCUGAACCUGAUGACCAGUGAGAACCUCUCCAUCUGUUUUUGGCCGACACUGAUGAGACCAGACUUCACCACCAUGGACGCUCUGACUGCUACCCGCACCUACCAGACAAUCAUCGAAAGCUUCAUCCACCAGUGCGCGUACUUCUUCUACAAUCAGCCACUGGCCGAAGGACUCCCUGGCUCCCCCACCUCUACGCUCUCCUCCUCGUCAUCCUCUGCCUACUCCUGCAUGGCUGGAGGCUACUCGUCCUCGCCAACUCCGUCCCCGACUCCUUAUGUCCUCCCUGCCACCCCUCCUGUCAUCCCACACUAUGGCCCACCCAUCCACCACCAUCAUCACCAUCACCACCUCCACCACCAACACCAUCAGUCCCCGCCCCACUCCCCACCUCCUACUCCGCAGUCCCCACUACCAGCACUGCUGCCGCCCGCCCUGCACCCCCAUCACCCCCCUACGGAACAACACACGCUGUGAAGUAGAGUUCAAGGGAAUAAGAGAGAAAUUAAGAAGGCUAAGAUUUAAGGUUUCAGAAGAAGAGAUGUUUUGGCAGAAAACUGAAGAUAAAUUGAAAUGAGAAUGGGAAGUAGGAAGCAAAGUUUGGAGAGAUUUAGUGAGAUGCAGUAUGUACAGGGAGAAAUCUACAUGUUUGGGAGAAAGAGAGGUUGGGGCAUUAAGCCUCUGUUUUAGAAAGAUGGACACACAAAAGGCAGAAAAAGGGGAACACUGAACUUGCAGUAUCUUCCUCCCUCCUCAAAUGUUAUCCCUUUGUCUUAGCCCAUAUAGACAAACCCUCCUUGCCUUAUAGAGAACCUUCACACAAACACAACAGAAGAAUGAGACCAUGCCAAGAACUGUUAAAGGGACUCAGGGGUAAUGUGCAGGAGGAUGUGAACUUUGCUAUGCUGGGAUUGCUUCACCACACAAACGAAACAACUAGUGGCCAGUGUGCCUCUGACAGCCAUCCUCUUCAAUCUGCUCGCCUCUAACUUUGCUGGGAAUCAAGGUGGGCGGCACAUGUUUUUGUUUUGCAUUCGUACCCACCUGCUGUACCUACCUGAAAGCCAAAACUGGGACAGAGUUGAGCACAGAGCGAGUCCUGAAACACAUGUUUUGUUUGUUUCGCCACUGCAAAUGCAAACUUAAGCAAGAGCCACGUGUUGCUACUCACCCAACAGGAUGUUCUGUCCUCCGCGUCUCACACAUUCCUAUCCAUCAGCCCUUCACGCAGACAAAUUGAAGUUUUAGUCGUGGCAGUAUGCCAAGCACAGAGGGAAAAAAUCCAAACUGACUGGAUCUGCUAGGAAGCGAAAUGGAGAAAAGGAUUACAGGGGCUUUUACACCUCAGGCAUUGUGGAAAGGCGUUCUUCUUUCUGUCAUGGCUUGAACUUCAACCUCAUGCCAAACACUUAAAUAACACUUAAAAAGGGGAUAUUCAAAUCAAUCUAAAACUUAAAUCUGCAACUGCCCUCUAUCACUGAUUUUUUUCUAUUUUCAUUUGACAAAUCUAGGGAAAUUGGCCAUCACCCAGUGUGCGGCCUUGUGUGUAAGUGUCUGUGUGACUGUCUUAUCCGUCUGUGCGCGUGUAUCCAUGCCUUCUAGUUGUAGCUGAAUUUCCUGCAGUAGGCAUAUGCUGAGAAUAAUUCUAGUGUUGGACCCUCACCUGUCAUGCUGCUUUUUUUCACACUGUGGUGGUUUUCUUUAAGAGUGAGUCGGCGCUGCAGUUUUCACAGUAAGGACCUUGUUCAAAAAGAAAAGAAAAAAAAAAGCACUUUUCUGAGCACUUUGAAGGCACAUUUUAAAUUGGAGCUGCCAUGAGUGACAUGACAGCCACAGUUCACUUUACUGUCAGUCCACCCGACUCUCUCUUUCUCUGGGAGCACACCACUGACAUCUAGAGGAAGAAGUGGGUACUGCAGCCAUAGCAUCACCUCACCACUACUGCAUGGGCGUAACACCGUUUUUCCUCCUGUGGUUCGUGUAGCGUCAUUUUCUCUUACAGGGUGCAAUUUUAAAGAUUUUUUUUAUCAUUGUUCGUCAGGAAACUCUAUCUUUAGAGCUUAUGAAGUGUAAAUAAAACAGCAGAAGUCAAAAAUCUGGUACACACCGAUUUAUAUAGAUUAUAUAGUUUCAGGCUCUGUAGCUACAAAACAUGUGGCUACUUUGCAAUUAAUUAGACAUGCAGUGGUUCAAUUGCCUUUUCUUUCUUUUGCUGUAUGUUUCCUCUUAACCGUUGCACUCAGCUCUUAGUUGAAAAGAGAUAUAACACUUCCUAGAAGUGAUGUGUCAGUGAAUGGAAAUGAUGUAGGAAACUGGGUCACAUUGUAGCAUUAUAGGCCAAGAAUAAGAGCUGUAAAUGAGGCUACUGCAAAAGCUUGGGCAUAAUUUGAAACCAUAGUCCCAGGCCUCAGCACACUGACACACAGUGUCACACCUUUAAAAAAGAGACUUGUAGAGGUAAUCUGCAUGAGUGUAACCAUUACACCAGACUCCCCCUGCUGUCACUUUUAUGCUAUCACAUUCACCCAGUCAUUCCCUGUCCAAUGGAGACAAUCUGGGUCUGAGAGAGACAGCGGACAGAACAGAAAGUCCAUUCAUCCGUCUGCAUGACUGGAGAGGAGCAUCACAGAAUUCCUCAGCCCCAGCCUGCUGUUACCGUAGAAACCAGCGAGAUGGUGCUUGAGGAGAGCUUUUAUCAGGAAGCUUGUGUGUUUGUGCGCACAUUUAUUUCUGUGUUUGUGUGAGCUCCAGGAAGGGUGUGCGCAUUUGAAUGUAGUGUAUGCGUAUUAAUGUUAAGCAGAUGCUCACCAAGGUCACUUAAUUCUGUUUGACACUGAACUGCAUCUCUGCAUGUCUUGUCAGACUACCCUCUCUGCCCAAAAAGAAGAAAAAAACAUUUUAACCAAUCACUGAAUACUUAAGGGAGCUUUUAUCAGUCUACACUACCUAUUACCUUGUAUGUGUGUUGGUGUGUGUGAUCAAGGGUAGCAGAAUCAAGAGUGUGUGUUUGGGUGGGUAGAUUUGAGCUAACAUGCUAUCAAGCUGUGCUUGGCAAAAGGCCAGACACCAGCGUGAUCCAAACAAAUAUGAAGGAGAGGAAUGCAGCUCUCCUUGCAGUCAUUACCCUGCUGUGUAACCCUGUUAGCCCAUCCAGAUUACACACACUGAUCAUCAGAGGGAGAUGGGGGAGAAAAGGGAGAGAUUAGGUUGGGAGGACAGGCAGCAAAUGGGUGAAUGGGAUCAUUAUUUGGGAGACGGAGGUAGGAAGGAGGGGUGACCACUAGUACUUGUCAGUGGCGUUCCCGUGUAUAUCAAUGUGUUAAUACUGAACUGACUGUGAGGCAGCCAAAGACUGUGGAAUAAAAGGGUCGAGAGAGGUUGGAAGCAAAGCGACAGUAUAGAAGAACAAUUGAAUAAUAAAAAAAUGUGACUUUGGUUCAGUGAUAAUAUGUGGCUGCAUCGCUUUUCUUUUUAAUUUUUUUGCAACAAUGGUGACAGAUGUCUGUUAAGUUAAAAUGAGAAACAAGCAAAACUAUAUUCAAAUGGUUGUUUAUUGGUAUGUUAGGGGGUCUAACAUUUUGCCCUUUAGUCAGUGGUGAUAGAAAAAAAGUUUCUUUUUAUGUUUUAUUUUAAUAAUUAAAAAAGACAAAGCUUUUUUUUUUUUUUUUUUUAACAAUUUCUUUGUGAACGCUUGAGAGACCAGCCCAGUAUAGUGCAUGAUUUCUUCCCGACUAAGGAAGAGGGCUCCACCACUCUCACUAUUUAAGAGAUGAUAAAAAAAAUAUUAAGAAAUUAUGGAGGGGGGAAGAAAAUUAUAAAAAAUAAAUAAAUAAAUGAAGUACUGUAAAGUAAAAAGAUAACAUCAAACAUAAAACUGUCAUUAUUUGCUGAGUAUGGUAAUUUGUCUCAAUGGGAAUGGUGUAUACAGCAAGGCCUUAUGUGAUCUGUAUCAUAGUUAAUAAAUCAAAUCUUGUAAAA